AUGUCCGCUACCCAGGUCAACAUCGCCAUCAUUGGCGCUGGAGGUGUAGGCAAAAGCUUCCUCUCCCAACUUCAAACACUGGCUGCUCGUCGACCGACACCUAAGCUCAACCUGGUCUAUUUCUCUACUAGCAAGAAGGCCGUCUACAAGCCCGACUACUCUCCCAUUCCCUUCGAGUCCGCCAUCCAGGAGCUCGGCUCUGCCACCAGCGCCCCCUUGGCCCUUCCCAAGGUCGUUGAGUACCUGGCUGCCGCCCCUUACAAGACCGUCCUGGUCGACAACACCAGCUCUCAAGAUGUUGCCGACACCUACCCAGCAUUCUUGAGCAGCGGCAUCAGCAUUGUCACACCAAACAAGAAGGCCUUCUCCGGCUCUUAUAAGCUGUGGCAAGACAUCUUCACGGCCGCCUCCGCAUCCGGUGCCAAGGUCUACCACGAGUCUUCCGUUGGUGCAGGUCUCCCUGUCAUCUCCACUCUCAAGGAUCUGGUCGAUACUGGUGACGAGGUCACAAAGAUUGAGGGUGUCUUCUCCGGAACCAUGUCCUUCCUCUUCAACUCCUUUGCUCCUCUCGAGGGCUCCGGUGGAAAUUGGUCGGCCGAGGUCAAGAAGGCCAAGGAGCUUGGAUAUACAGAGCCCGACCCCCGAGACGAUCUGAACGGUCUCGACGUUGCCAGGAAGCUGACCAUCUUGGCGCGAUUGGCUGGUCUGCCUGUCGAGUCCCCCACCUCCUUCCCGGUCCAGAGCUUGAUCCCCCAAGCCCUCGAGUCGGUCGCCAGUGGCGAUGAGUUCCUCCAGCGCCUCCCCGAGUUUGACUCGGAGAUGGAGGGCACUAAGGCUGCAGCCGAGAAGCAGGGCAAGGUCGUGCGCUUUGUAGGCAGUAUCGAUGUUGCCACCAAGGCAGUCAAGGUUGGCUUGGAGAUGUUUGACCGAUCGCAUCCUAUUGCCGCACUCAAGGGAAGCGACAACAUCAUCAGCUUCUACACCAAGCGGUACGGAAGCAACCCCCUCAUCAUCCAGGGUGCCGGUGCUGGUGGUGAUGUCACUGCUAUGGGUGUAACUGGCGAUCUGCUCAAGGUCCUGUCGCAAAUCUAG